AUGAAGAAAUUAAAGGACAACAAGGCGGUAGGAGGGGAUGAGAUACCAAAUGAAGCGUGGAAAUAUGGAGGAGAGAGGAUGGAGGAAUGGAUAAGGGAAAUGUGUAAUAGAGUAUGGAGAGGGGAAGAGUGGCCAGAGGAAUGGAAGGAAGGAAUAGUAGUACCGAUAGUGAAGAAGGGGGAGGGAAGAGUAGUGGGAGAGUACAGAGGAGUAACGUUAAUGAAUACGUUGUACAAGAUUUAUGCAUCGGUAUUAGCGGGAAGAUUAAGAAAAGAGGUGGAGGAGAAAGGGUUGAUACCGCAAAAUCAGACGGGGUUCAGGAAAGGGUUAGGAGUGAUAGACAACAUAUAUGUGAUGAAUUAUGUGAUAAAUAGACAAUUAGGAAGGAAGGGGGGUAAGCUGGUGGCGUUAUUUGUGGAUCUGAAAGCAGCAUUCGAUACGGUGGACAGAAGAGAGUUGAUAAGGGCGAUGAGGGAAAGAAGGGUGAGGAAGGGAUUGGUGGAGAGAUGUGAGGAGGUGAUGGAAGAGACGAUAAGCAGAAAAGAUGGGGGACAGGAGAAGCAUAUAAAGGAAAGAAUAAAAAUAGGAAUGACGGUGAUGGGACAAGUAUGGGGAAUAGGGAAAAGAAGGUUUGAGAGAGAAUGGGGGAAAAGAAUAUGGUUAUAUGAUAGUUUAGUAUGGACGGUGAUAGGGUCUUUCAACGCGCAAGAUCAAAGAAGUUUAGCUGAAUGUUCCGUCCAGUACUAUAUGUCGAUGGUCUGCACCAGGCUUGAUAAACUCUUAUGGGAAAAUUCUGACUAG